AUGAAGAGUGGCCUGAACGGGACUUAUUCCAAGGUGACCGAGUUUAUUCUGCUGGGAUUCCGGACAUCUCCUGAAGUACAGAUCCUCUUAUUCUCGCUGUUCUUGCUCAUCUACACAGUCAUUGUGAUGGGGAAUAUCAGCAUGGUACUGAUCAUUCGGACAGACUCCAGACUCCACACGCCCAUGUAUUUCUUCCUCAGAAAUUUAUCCUGUGUAGAUCUCUGCUACUCCACUGUCAUCGCUCCCAAAACGCUGGCUCUGUUCUUGUCCCAAGACAAGAAAAUCUCUUACAAUGGCUGUGCGACACAGUUCUUCUUCUUUGCUCUCUUUGUGGGGACGGAAGGAUUUCUUCUGGCCGUGAUGGCAUAUGAUCGCUUCUCAGCCAUUUGUUUUCCGUUCUUGUAUACCGUGCGCAUGUCUCAGCCUGCUUGCGUCCGUUUGGUGGUUGGUUCCUAUAUCUGUGGGGGCAUCAACUCCAUGAUACAAACAGGCUUCACCUUCAGCCUGCGUUUCUGUGGAGAAAACAGAUUGGACCACUUUUUCUGUGAUGUCCCAGCCCUCAUCAAGAUCUCUUGUGUUGACCCCUUCGUGAAUGAGCUUGUGCUCUUUAUCCUCUCUGCGCUCAUGAUCAUCAGCACCACAACCGUCAUUCUGGUUUCCUACGCCUACAUCCUCGCCACCGUCCUCAGGAUCCCCUCAGCCCACGGCAGGAGGAAGACCUUCUCCACCUGUGGCUCCCACAUCACCGUGGUGAGUUUAUUCUAUGGAACUGUGUUCUUCAUGUACGCCCAGCCGGGGGCCAUCUCCUCAUCAGAGCAAAGCAAGGUCGUGGCUGUGUUCUACACGCUGAUCAUACCUAUGCUGAAUCCUCUGAUUUAUAGUUUAAGGAAUAAAGAGGUGAAAAGUGCCUUGAAAAGGAUUUUGGUGAAAAAAAAAUAUCUUUUCAUUAACCUCCGCCCAUCUACAAAACUAACAGUCAACCAAGAACAAUAUAAUCCGUAA